AUGGUGGUAAGAUCACUCGAUGUGAAUAAAGAUCCCUUCCGCCCUAGAGAGAAGAAUGAAGAAGUUCUUGGUCCUGAAGUACCAUACUUAAGUGCUAUAGGGGCAUUAAUGUACCUUGCCAGUCAUACAAGACCUGAUAUAUCAUUUGCAGUGAAUCUAUUGGCAAGGUUUAGUUCAUGCCCAACUCGUAGGCAUUGGAAUGGGAUAAAACAUAUACUUCGAUACCUCCAAGAUGAUGGAUACAUGUCUGAUCCCCACAAUGCUAGAUCACAAACAGGAUAUGUGUUUACUUGUGGUGGUACUGCUAUCUCUUGGCGUUCGAUGAAGCAAACAAUUGCAGCUACUUCUUCCAACCACGCAGAGAUUUUAGCCAUUCAUGAAGCUAGUCGCGAGUGUGUAUGGUUAAGAUCCGUCAUUCAACAUAUACGAGAAGAUUGUGGUCUAUCUACAGGGAAAGAAUCCCCAACAGAUGGAUACAUGCUGCAUAAGAAUGGCGAUGUUCGUGUCGUUCAAGUUCGUUCAAGUGACAAUUUAGCUGACUUAUUCACCAAGGCGCUACCCACUUCUACUUUCAAGAAGGUUGUUCAUCUUAUCGGAUUACGUCGUCUCAAGGAUCUUGACGUUUGUAUACAUGAGGGGAAGUAA